GUCACCUAUAAACCCACAAAACAAUCUUAUCCUCCUCUCCAUCCAAAACUCAGAUAUCUCCAUUCUCACUUCUCACAACUCCCACAUUUCCACCACCACCGUCCUCCGCCACCACCACCGCCACCAAUGGUGGAAUGACCACCAACUACCACCACUUCCCCACCAUGAAACUAACCGAAAUCCCAUUCCGCAACACAAAAUUUACAUUCCCAUUCCCAUUCCACUCUAACACCCACUUACUCUUCUUCUCAUCUUCUUCUUCUUCUAUCCUAAAACCCUCUUUUAUCAAACCCUUUUCUUCAAUUCACUCAACAACUGAUAAUAAUUCCACCACCACCACCACUAAUAACCCUUCUUCUUCUUCUUCUUCAUCUGCCCCUUGGCUCAACAAUUGGUCCACCCCACCACCCCAAAACCCUAAUAUUAAACCUGAAUUGGGCAAAAGGUCUAAACUUUCUACUUCUUUUGAACCUCCUGCUGCUAGUGAUGGUGCUGGUCCAACCAGGACCACCGCCAUCGACAGGAUUGUUCUUCGGCUGCGGAAUUUAGGGUUGGGCUCCGAUGACGAAGAAGAAGAGGAGGAAAUCGAAAACGCUCGUUCGGAAAUGGUUUUGACGGGUGAAGAGAAAUUGGGGGAUUUGUUACGAAGAGAUUGGGUUCGUCCCGAUAGAAUGUUGAUCGAGGACGACGACGAGGAGACCGUUCUCCCAUGGGAGAGAGAUCAGGGAGGAAACGAAGACGAACAGAGGGAAUCGGAAGGCGUAAAGAAGAGGAUGAAAGCUCCAACAUUAGCUGAAUUAACACUCGAAGAUUCAGAGUUAAGGAGGCUGAGGACACUGGGUACAACAUUACGCGAGCGGAUAACGAUCCCAAAAGCAGGAAUCACCGCCUCUGUUCUCGAAAAGAUUCAUGAUCAGUGGAGGAAAUCGGAACUCGUUCGGCUCAAGUUUCAUGAGGUGUUGGCUCGAGAUAUGAAAACCGCUCAUGAAAUCGUUCAGCGCCGAACAGGUGGAUUAGUGAUAUGGCAAUCUGGAAGCGUGAUGAUGGUAUAUAGGGGAGUUAAUUAUGCGGGCCCUUCUUCAAGACCUCAAUCCACCGGUGACACUCUUUUUGUUCCGGACGUUUCCUCUACCAACAAUAUCAAUAAUGAUAAUAGUAAUAAACCGAUAACGAGAAAUGGUGAUGCAAGAGCGACACCUGUUACCAAGAGCAUGACAGAAGAGGAAUGUGAAUUUAAUAGCGUGUUAGAUGGGUUAGGUCCACGGUUUCAUGAAUGGUGGGGCACCGGGAUACUUCCGGUGGAUGCCGAUUUACUUCCUCAAACGAUUCCCGGCUUCAAAACCCCAUUUCGGCUUCUUCCGACCGGAAUGCGGCCUCGUCUCACCAAUGCAGAGAUGACUAAUUUGAGGAAACUUGCGAAAUCACUACCUUGUCAUUUUGCUCUCGGGAGAAACAGGAAUCAUCAGGGCUUGGCAGCUGCUAUAAUCAAACUUUGGGAGAAAAGCAUGGUUGCUAAGAUCGCUGUGAAACGUGGAAUUCAAAAUACCAAUAAUGAGUUAAUGGCUGAGGAGUUAAAGAAACUAACAGGAGGUGUCCUACUGCUCAGAAACAAAUAUUACAUCGUAAUUUACCGUGGGAAAGAUUUUGUUCCUACAACUGUAGCUACUGCAUUAGCAGAAAGACAGGAAAUGACGAAAGAUAUACAAGAUGCAGAAGAGAAGGUGAGGAUUGGAACAGUAGAACCAGUAGCCGCAGUCGCAAGUGUUGACCAUGGACAGGUGGCGCUUGCAGGAAGUCUAGCCGAGUUUUAUGAGGCUCAAGCACAAUGGGGAAGAGAAAAAACAACCGAAGAACACGAGCAAAUGUUGGUAGAAGCUUCCAAAACAAAGAUAACUAGAGUUGUUAAGAAGCUUGAGCAUAAGUUAUUUAUCGCCCAGUCUAAAAGGAGUAGAGCCGAUAAAGAAUUAGCUAAGAUACGCGAAACCUGGCUUCCUGCGGAUCCUCCUGAUGACCAAGAAACUAUUACGGAUGAGGAACGUGUUAUGUUCAGAAGAGUUGGAUUAAGAAUGAAACCUUACGUACCACUCGGUAUCCGUGGUGUUUUUGAUGGUGUUAUCGAGAACAUGCAUCUGCACUGGAAACAUAGAGAACUUGUAAAACUCAUAUCAAAGCAAAAAGACGUCGAGUUUGUUGAAGAAACCGCAAGGUUUAUGGAGUAUGAAAGUGGUGGGAUAUUAAUAGACAUUGUAAGAGUGCCCAAAGGUUAUGCCAUCAUAUAUUAUCGUGGAAAGAAUUAUCGGAGGCCCAUUAGUAUUAGGCCCAGAAGCCUUCCUUCAAAAGCACGAGCAUUGAAACGUUGGAAGGCCUUGCAAAGAUACGAGGCUCUCACAGAACAUGUAACUGAGUUGGAAAACACCAUAAAACAAAUGAAAGCACAAAAUGAUAUCAAGGAUACGAGUACUCGGAACACAGAUGAAAUCGAGCUGCGUGAUCAUGUCUUGGAAUCCAGCGAGGGUGAAGAUGAGAGUUCAUGGUCGAACUCUGACGAUGACGACGACUACUAUGAUGAAGAUGAAGGUGAAGGUGAGGAUCUUAAAGAUGAAGAUGAAGGAUUCUUAACUGUUGACAUAUGAGAUUGUCUACUUCCUUUUCACUCUUUGGGGGAUUUUUGAAGCUGGUGAGAGACAAAUGUAGUAAUGUUUUAUUCAUAUAUAAGUACCUGCAACUUGGAGAGGGGAUAUUUUUUGAUAAUAAAAAAAUAGAGUAAAUUAUAAUUUGUGUC